UGAUGAUCGAACCUUUGCAUACAUUUCUUACGAUUUACGACUGACGAAUCUCUUCUACUUCUUCUCAAACACCACGGCGCACUCCCUUUUCCUAGCUUCUGAACGCGCGCAACAAGCUGCAACUUACUUUGGAACCACCCCACCAUGCCUCCUCGAGCAGGUCACUCGAGAGUGAAAGCACUCGACUACGACGACGAUGAUGUGUAUAGCGACGACGAUUAUCUGGACGAAGGCGACGGAGAUGGAAUGACCGACGAAGACAAAGAACAAUUGCGACUGGGUACGAUAAACGUGAAGUCAGCGUUAGGCCCGAGCAUCUCAAUACCAGACACGGAAAUCCAAGAAGCACUAUGGCAUUACUAUUUCGACGUGGCCAAGGCGGCGUCAUACUUGAAAAACAAGCUUGCCCCAAAACCCGUGGCGCAGACGAAAAAGCAGAAGCCGAUCUCCCGGUUUGACCUAGCAGCUGCAAGCACAUCCGGCCCAAGUCCAGACGAUAUCGUGCUGAAUGCACAGGCAAAGGGAACCAAGCCAAAGAAGGGCACAUCGAAACAUGCGACUGGAGAUAAGGCAACUAACGACGUCACAAAUUCCGUAUCUGCUCUAUCGGUAGAGGAAGCACCGAGAGUCAAGAGUAAGAACUUGGACGUCUUGAAAGAGUUUGAGAAAUCUGAUAUGAAGAGAAUGGCGAACUUCGUCGUCAUUGGUCAUGUUGAUCAUGGCAAGAGUACACUAAUGGGCCGCCUACUAUACGAUCUCAAAGUCAUCGACCAGAGGUCCGUCGACAAGCUACGAAAGGAAGCCGAGACCAUUGGGAAGUCUUCUUUCGCCCUAGCAUGGGUAAUGGACCAGACAUCCGAAGAACGAAGCCGAGGUGUGACUGUUGACAUUGCCACGAAUUACUUCGAGACGGAAAAGACAAAGUUCACAAUACUCGACGCACCCGGCCACCGAGACUUCAUCCCAAAUAUGAUCGCAGGCGCCAGCCAGGCCGACUUCGCGGUCCUCGUCAUCGACGCUGGUAUAAACAGCUUCGAAUCCGGGCUAAAAGGCCAAACAAAAGAGCACGCAAUGCUCGUCCGAAGCAUGGGCGUUCAGCGCCUGGUCGUUGCCGUUAACAAGAUGGACACAGUUCAAUGGAGCAAAGAGCGCUUCGACGAAAUCUCCCAACAGAUGACCGCCUUCCUCGUCUCGGCCUCCUUCGCCGCCAAAAACCUCACCUUUAUCCCCUGCGCUGGCCUCACAGGCGACAACAUCAUCCGCCCACCCCCCGCCAACACAUUCCCGGACGACUGGUACACCGGCCCAACCUUGAUCGAAGCCCUCGACGCCUCCGAGCCCGCGAAACGCGCCCUCACCCUCCCUCUCCGCCUCACCGUUUCCGACGUCUUCCGCGGUGGCAUCAUGCACCCGCUCUCCAUCUCAGGCCGCCUCGACGCCGGCUCCCUCCAAGUCGGCGACACCGUCCUCGCCAUGCCCGCGGGCGAACCCGCAACAAUCAAAGGCAUUGAGUCCGAAAGCGAGUCCGUCGACUGGGCUGUCGCAGGCCAGAUCGUCACCCUCCACCUUGCAGACAUCGACCCCGUGCAUCUCCGCCUCGGCGAUAUCAUCUGCACCCCCGCUAACCCGAUCCAAAACAUCAAACGCUUCACGGCGAAGAUCCUGGCGUUCGAGGACGUGUUCCCGAUGUCAAUAGACGUGUUCCGGGGCCGGAUGAAUGCGCCGGCGAAGGUGGUGCGGCUGCUCAGUACGCUGAAUAAGGCGAGUGGGGCGGUGGAAAAGAAGAAGCCGCGGAUCGUGGCGCCGGGGGCAUUAGCGAAGGUGGUGGUGGAGUUGGAGAGGGAGAUGCCGCUGGAGGUGGGGACGAGGGUGGUGUUGAGGGCGGGUGGGGAUACGGUUGCGGCGGGGUUGUUGGAGAGUGUGGAGUAAGGCAGUGGGAUGAGCUGCGACGUGAUCUGUCUCAAAAAGUCUGGGAGUCUGGGACGCUAGCAUGUGGGUAGGAUAUGGCAUAUAGAUAUGGAUCGGGUA